CCACCAAUCACUCGCCCUGUAACCUCCAAACUCCGCGCUACCAACAACCCCCUCCUUAUUUUACCCAGUGAACGACGACCCGCCACCCUCGACAGAAACUCGUGCCUCGUGACAACCUCGUGGUGGUUGCCUCUUCUUACUUGAGAAUCCUCAGAAUAAGGAGAUCUGCCACAAGAUAUUUCUUCGACUUUGAAGAUUUCCAACGCAAGAAUGUCGACGUUUAAGAAUUUCUUUCGGCGAUGCAUUAUCUUCAUCCCUCUCUUCGCUUGCUGUGUACAAGCAUGGUCGGACUACAGUUGGUUCGACGAUGUGGAUUGCGAAAAGUUUCCCUAUCACCCUACUUGUCGAGGUCAGAUGUUGAAGAAACGAAUGAAUACAAUUGGAGUUUAUAAAGAAUGCGAUGAAUCCAAAAGGGAUAGAAAUUGUUUGAAUGGCGAAAUGAAAUCACAGGAGACCAAUCGACACUUCGUCUCGAAUCCAAGAUCUAAAUUUUGGAAAAGCCUUCUCGAGAGCGGAGUCAGUCUGGAUACCAUCUACGAUAUUUACGGUUCGGAUUAUGACAAACAAUCGAGAAAAAGGAAGUAUAUCAACCAAAGAAUACCGUUGAUCGAUGCGAUCUUUCUAUCAGACCUGACCAACUCGAACGACUAUUAAUUUGAAGAAUACCGAAAUAAAUGUCAUGUGUUAAGCGCAAAUAUCUCACAAAUUUUAAUUUUCUAUAAAUGCCUUACUCUUUUGCUCAUAUUUCAUACAUUGACUUUUAAUCUUAUUUACGUAUUCAGAUCUAUGUACAUUUAUUUCCUCGUGUAUAUGCAUGU